AUGAAGUUCUUCAACGUCAUCCUUGUUGCUGCUCUUGCUGCUUUGGCCAAUGCUGCUGCUAUGCCCAACCCUGAAGCUGCUUUGGACAUCAACCCUCUUGAAAAGCGCUGCAAAGGAGCUCACAGCCCCUGCAUUUCCGCCAAGGACUGCUGUAACGGUGCGUGUGUCAGUGGUGGCACUAUCAACAAGUUCAUCAAGUACUGCAAUUAA